UCAAGGAGGAAGACAUCGUCACGCUCGUGGACGAUGAGCAUCAUGGAGAGCAUCUGAAGCCGACGUGCAGUAACAUCCGCGACGCGAUGCGUAACUUGUUGGAAGGCGCUCAAGCCGGCGAUCACUUCGUGUUCCAUUUUUCUGGUCACGGAGACCAGGUCCCUAACCUGGACGGUACCGAAGACGACGGCCUGGAUGAGAUUAUAUGGCCUGUCGACGUGGAGUUGGCCCCGGAUGGCACCGUGGCUGGGAACUUCAUCAAGGACGACGUCAGUCUAGGCACCCAAUGAUACAUCUCUACUGCUGACAGACUUGAGCACAGGAAAUACACGACAUACUCGUGGACCACACGCCACCAGGCGCGCACUUCAUGGUAAGUCUCUCCUUGGUACCGGUCGCUGAAAUU